AUGUUAGCACAGAAGCAAUCAGAAGGAUCAUUUGCAUCAUUGGAAAAGCUGAUGAAGCAAUACAUGGCCAAUAACGACGCCACUAUAAGUGCAAAGAGAGACGGUAAGGAACAAUACAAGGCCCUCACUCUGCGAAAUGGGAAAGCAUUACCUCCGGUACACCAAAAUGCUUCAGCAUCGAUUAAGGAACCCACUCAAGUUUACCAAGGAGAAACUCAGUCAGAACAGGACAUUGAUCCAAUAAUUUCUAGAGCACCUGAGAUAGGGUCUACACAGAACAGAGUGCCCGAGAAAAGAAAGCAGGCAGAGCAUGAAAAUGCCCUAGCAGAAUACAGGUCAACGCCACCAUAUCCUAAACGGUUGCAGAAGAAAAAGCAGAAUGUUCAAUUCAAGAAGUUUUUAGAUGCCUUGAAGCAACUACACGUGAUCAUACCGUUAGUGGAAGCUCUAGAGCAAAUGCCAAAUUAUGUGAGAUUCCUGAAAGAGAUACUCCCAAAGAAGAGAACGCUAGGAGAAUAUGAGACUGUAGCAAUGACAAAAGCUUGCAGCACCAUACUCACAAGCAAAAUUCCUGCGAAGAUGAAAGAUCCUGGGAGUUUUACAAUACCAAUUUCAAUUUGA